UGCUAAAACAAAUUAUACUACCAAACAAAAGUUGAGUAAAUCUCUUAUGGAUGAUAAUGAUGGAAAUUCAUUUCAAUUUAACCCUGAUAAAUAUGUAUCACAUUUAUCAAAUGUUAGGCUUUCUGUAUUUGAGAAGGAAGCCCUAUCACUCGGAUUUAAUUUCUCCGUUGCACAUACCAAGAUUUCUGAUCUGUCGAUAGAUGCUCAAUUUGAAAAUCUCUAUGAUCAGUUGAACCCUCUUGUCCCAACCACCCUAGAUAGGAAAAAUUGGUUGACGUUGCCUACCACUUUCACAGUUCUCAAAUCAGACAAAGGAGUAUUUUAACUUCUAAACAUUUCGCCGCAUUAAAAAACCUCUAGAGUAGGUCAGAUAUUGUGAUCCUCAGACCUGACAAAGGUUCACGGGUGGUCGUUAUCAAUAAAUGUGACUAUAAAGAAAAAUGUUAUUUAUACUGGGUGAUCAGAGUAAAUUCUUG